AUGUCUACAGACAGCAACGUCGGCGAGGCGGAGGCUGCCGCCGUGGAGCAGCUACCGGAAAACACUGUCGAGUACAUGCUUUUUGUGAUGGACAGCCGGCAAACUGAAGCUCGCAGAACCCGUCCUCGCCUUGAAACUAUCCGAAAAGCAGCGAACGAGCUCGUUCAGUCCCUCACGAAGGAUUAUAUUUGGCAACGCGAGGGCUUCGAGCUCUCAUUUGUGAGCCAAAAUGGACUGCUAUUUUUGCAUGGUACUACUGAUUAUGGAGAUGCCAUAGAAGACGAGUGGCUUAUUGUCUAUAUGCUUUGUGAACUAUCCAAAGCCCAUCCCGAUCUUUGGGUGAGAGCCGGAGACUCUGAUGGGGAGUUUCUCUUGGUAGAAGCCGCCAACGUCCUUCCCAAGUGGUUAAGUCCGGAGACUGAUCGCUAUCGUGUGUGGAUUCACCUCGGAAAGAUCUUUCUCAUACCUCUGAAUUCCAAGAGCAAAGAUGGUCUUGCUAUGCAUUCCCAGGCAGAGGAACAGCUGUCGCUCUUGCAAGCCGUUACGUUUCUACGGUCAAACACAGACGCGCUUAUUCAUCUCCCUGCCAUCGAUUCUGAGGCGUUUCAUAGACUGAAUAAAUACCCCGAGCAAAUACCCAACUCCAUCCACCAUUCUCUAGUCACGAUUCCCCGAGCAGUAGCCUACAUUCUGCAUGCCCUUCCAAAAUCUAUAGCUCCCGCUGUUGAGAGCUUCUAUCUGAGAGACGCCAACUCUCUAAAGCCUAUCUUAUCUUCAUCGGCACCACUACAAUUCCCUCCAGAAGACCUUGUCACGGCCAGCGUGAGAUUCAGUAAGACUCUUUACGCUCAACUUAAAUCUCAAAGAUUCGACACACCGCCGAGAUGGGAAUCCAUAUUUCGAAAUACUAAAAAUGAGAAUAUAUCAUCAAAUGAAGAACAGAAAAGAGUUGAACGCUUAGAGACUGGCAUGAAACUCACAUGCGGUUUUGAGAUGCUUGCCAAGGAUGCGGAGAAUAGCAAGAGCAGGGUCGUCCGUGAGAUGGCCAUUAUGCUGGAAGACCUCCAAGAAGAUGGAAGCUCAGUCUUGCCAUCUGAUGACGACAUCAAGCUGUGGGAUCACGCUGGUCGAGACGACGACGAUUCAUGGCUUGAUAUUAAUUAUGAAGAUUUCGAGCGCGAACUGGAGGGGAAACAAGCUCAAGGAUCUUCGAAGGGGGCAUCCGGCUUUGGCGAGACGCAGACUCAGGAGAAUCUGAGAAAGAUCGUCUCACGUUUUGAAGCUUUCCUCAAUGACGAUAGUGCAGGAUUAGACGGCGCUGAGCUUGACAGCAUGGAUGUUGACAAUGAUGAUGAUGAAGAGGAUGUUGAUGAUGACCAAGACGAGGAGGUGAACUUUGACGAGGAGGCCUUUUCUAGGAUGAUGAGAGAGAUGAUGGGAUUCACAACAGCAAUCUCUGAGAAAGGAGCACCAAGUAAUACCAAGGUUACAGAGGACCACUCUGACAGCGAUAAUGACAGCGAUAACGACAGCGACGCAGAAGAGGAUAGAGAUAUACAGGAUCUAGCCUCUCGCAUGGAAGCAGAGCUCAAGGAAUACGGCACCCUUCAUCUUGACCCACCAACCACUGCGCGUGCUAUAAAGCCAAAGGAAAGCUCAAAGAAGAAAGGCAAAGAGAAGGAGCAGCCAGUGCAAGGAUGGAGCGGCCCUUCAGUUGACGAUUCCGACAAUGACGACGAGGAAGUCGAUAUUGAUUAUAACCUGGCUAAGAAUUUGCUUGAGAGCUUCAAGAGCCAGGGCGGCAUGGCUGGUCCGGCGGGAAAUCUAAUGGGGCUUAUGGGCUUCCAGUUGCCGCGCGAUGAGGAUAGCGGGAGCGAAGGGGACAAAGAAGAGAGGUCCUAA